AUGAGCCCAACAUGUGCAAGAGGCUACAACCGCAAGGUUGUGCGAGAUCUCGCAUGGCUCAUUCGAGCCCCUCCAGUGCUUUCCGACGAGGCAGGCAUGGAGCUUUUGCGUCUUCCAGACUCCGCAGACCAGGCCACAGAUGAUUGGCUGGCAUCUCUGGACAAGAAUCCGAAGCCCCUUCUUCAGAACCUGGAAGUGCAGUCGGGUGUGAAGCGGCUUGGUUUCUAUGCUGCAGCCCUGACGCAGUUUUGGUUGGAGGAGACCAUUGCAGUUGGGAAGAUCUUAAGAUAUGCCAAAUGCGCAGAGCAAAGCAGGCAGACGGCUGGGCAGCUGAAGUUGGUCUGCUUGCACUGGGCCCAGGAAGAGCAUCGCGUCCUCGCGAAGCUCUUCACGUGGAGUCCUCCGUCAAGUUCUUUGCUGAUGCCUCCGCUGCAGAACCGCUCCUAUGUGGGUCCUUUCCUACAUGAGAACUUGGCUUGGCGGCUGGCGGAGGCGAGGAGAAAAAUCACCUGCACGAGAAGCUCGUCUGUGCAGGAAUAUUUGCAGAAGGAGUUUGGAGACGUCUCGGUUCGGUCCGUGUACUUCCUCAAAGGCUACAUCUUCAAGCCCCUGGAAGAGUUCUGGGCCGUCGGCCAAACCUUGCGAGAUCCUCCGGCUGAAGUCAAUGCCGCUUGUGCGACAGGAUGGUACACCACGCAGGUCUCUGAAGCCAUGAAGGCAGUCUCGCCUGGUGCGCGCCUGGCUGUGCUCCCCAAGCUUUUCUGGCUCAGUCCUGCAGUGGCUUCGGGCAGUCCACCCGUGAUCUUGGGAGACGAGCUGCCAGGACAGCAGGAUCCCGUACCAACAGACUUGCCGGAUAAAGUACGGCAAGACGUGGAGGAGCACUUUCGCAGCGUGGAUACUGCGCUCCUGCUCUGUGAACUCCUUCCUGUCGAGGGUGGCCUUUGGGUAGAGAACUCCCGUGGCUUCAUCCUGCCUUCCGUUUGGGAUCCCAAGACGCUAAUGACGGGAGGACCUCAGGGCAUGAAGAGCUCCGGGGAAGGUCAGGGCCAACAAGUCUACAGUGAGCCCAGCAAGUGGUCGAACCAAAGGCGGAAGUAUUCAGAACGUCUGGCAGACACAGCUCGACAACUUGCCCCAAGCCUCGAAAGUGCCGGGGUUCAUGCGACGGUGCCGCAGCGAUUGAGCGAGGAGCUCACGCAUGAUCAUCUUAAGGACUACGUACUCUUCGCAAAGGAGCGCCGGCGAAGUGCCGACCCGUCUCGGUUCCAGCGCCGGCUCUCUCUGCGCACAGCGCUGGAAUCGGCUGAAGCUUCGGAGCCCGGGAAAGUCUGCAAACUGGUGGCAGCUGCCUUGGGGCUCCUGCUGAAAGAGGCGCAGCGAAGUGAUGGACACUUCAUCCUUGAGUUGCUUGUCAAGCCCUCCGAGCAGGGGCUGGUCCCGUCUGCCUGCUCUGUGACCUUCCGCGCAGAUGCUGCUUCCAUGGAGGAAAUGAUGACAUUGGGCCUUUCUGGGGGAUUGUGCUUGCGGCUCGCGGUGAAAUUUGCGGCACGAUUCCGCUUCACGCCGCAACGUCUCUCUCGUGAUAAGGUUCUGUCCCUAUUUGCAGAAGCCAUUGCCUCGUCUGAUCGUUCUCGAUUGGCUGGACUGGUUGAAUAUCUGGCUGCAAGCUCGUCCCUGGAACUUGACGAGACAUUCCCUCUGGAGGACAUAGCCUGCAAGUUGACCAUACCACCGGCAGAUGGUACGAUCUUGGACCUGGUCUGCCAGCAUGUUCCCAGCUUGUGCCAGAAGCUGUCCGCAAUGCUGACCUCCACGGGUCAGCUGAAGCUCGCCAGAAAGAUCGAGGUGCGUCGACUACGCGGCUACACGGAGGACGGCGGAAAUCGGGAGCCUCCUUCGGACACUUUGGUGGCUCUACCAAACCUUUGCUUGCCGCCCUGGGUUCGCGUCCAACUAGUUGCAGAUGCGAGUGGUCUGGAUGAGUUGGAAGGCCGCCUGGAACUUGGUGGAGUCAUUGGCUUGGAUGCCGAGUGGAAACCCUGGGAUGAGAGUUCACCAAGUCGCGCCCGCUCCCGAAGAGGACAAGUGGCGAACCCUGUCCAAUUACUCCAGUUGGCAUGGGCCGACACGGCUUAUGUGUUGGACAUACCCUCGUUGUUGGCCGCGGCCGAGGAGGAGCUUGCGCACUUAUUACAGCGUUUGCUUCGACCCAAAGAAGGUGAAGCAGGCCACAUCUUGGUCGGUUUUGGGCUGGAAGGUGACAUCCGAAGGAUGGCAGACUCCUACCCAUGGUUAAUGUCCCGCUGCUACGGUGGCAAUUUUCCUUUCAUUGAGAUGCAAGACCUUGCGCGUAGUGUGGCGCGCAACUCCUCGCUGGACUGCCUCUGCGCGGUGCGAUUGGGUCUUUCCCUUGACAAAACAUUGCAGUGCAGCAACUGGGAACUGCGACCCCUGCCGGAUCCCCACAUACAGUACGCGGCCUUGGAUACAUGGGUUUUGCUUGCCCUUCUGGGCCAUUUUCUGCAGCAAGACCGUGGCAUGGAGAAGGCAGAACUUUGUGAGCUCGCCAGGGUGUCCGUCUCCUCGGCCGCAACGUUCUCUCACUCGGGGCUUGCCCUUGGAUCAGGCGUUUGUGCAACUGCAAUGGCCUUGCGAGAGCUGGGCGUGGCUGAUGAGUCGAUUCUGUUUUGGGGGGAUGGCUGCGCUGAUGACGUGCAAGUUUGCAAGACGCUCGCGUGUUUAGCUGUUGACUCUUCAGGUCAAUCGCACUUCUGCUUGGCGGUCUUCGCCGACGGUUCGGCGAGCCUGAGUAUGCCACGGCUUGCAGAAGCGAUGGACUGCAUCUCUGCACGACUCGUGACGGGCGAGGAACUGCGUGAGCACUUCAGGCAGCCCCGUGGAUGUGUUGGUCCAGUGGGCCCAGCAAUUCUAGAGCAACCACCUGCGUGUGUGGUGCUUGACGACGGCCUGUCGACAACAAGCAAACUCUCCUGUGGUGGUGGAUCUCCGCAGUGGCAUUUGCUGGCGACGCAGCAGCAGAUCCUUGAUUUGACCCAUGCCCGGGUGGCUGCGAUCCGAGAUUUGACUAGCUGA